AGAUAAGGUACAACAUCGCUACGUUCACAGUGAACCUUCACCUCAUAGGUCAAUCACUUCACUUUGAAAUUUAUACCUUAGGUACCACCUAUUGUUAGCAUCGUUAGCAACUUCAGAAAGACCUCUACUUCAUUCAUAUUGAAUCUUUAAUAACUACCACAAAUUAUAAGCUAAUUCAAGAUAUCCUUUUUUUUUAUUCUUAAUAACAUCUUCUCACCCCUUGUUGCAUCGUCCCAUUUGAUGGAUCACUGAAGACCAGAACAACCUUCAAUCAGCUAACAGCCGGCCCUUACAAUAAUCUCAUAAACAGUGAAGAGGCAACGGAUAUGUCUCGCUGUUGAUAUCGAAAAUAAAUUCCAUACCGUAGUAAGAGGCUCCUCCUGAGUUGAACGGUAUAGUCCGGUCAUCCUUCGAAGAUAUCCCCUUAUCCCCUUAUUUUGACAAACGCCAAAUAUCGACGUCAUCUACACGACAUUCUUCACCAUAUUCAGCUUCAAAAGUGAUUGAAGCAAUGGCGGUAGAGAACCAAACUUUUCGUUUUCUCGACCUCCCGCCUGAGUUGAGGGAUGCUAUUCUCUCCCACCUUCUCGUUUCAGACUUCCCCAUUAUACUUCAUAACACAACUCUCUUCGCUCCAUCGGCAUUAGUCUCCGGUUCUGCAUAUUUCCUGGACGUGUUCCUAGUUAAUAUGCAAAUGUAUCGAGAGGCAUCUGCCAUCUUCUACUCUCAAAACCGAUUCACGCUGAACGCGCAAAGUCACCGACUACCCGUCCAUCUCACCAGCCGGGGAGGAUUUCUCAGCGAAGAGGGACAGGAUGCCCGGAGACGAGUGCGAAACUUAACCCUCCAUCUCACCCGGGUAGGUGGAGAGUUCGAGCGUGUCUUGGGACCCGCUCUCUCCGAUAUGGUUCUUAGCGGAAGCUUGCGAGAGCUUACGCUGCGCAUGGGACCACCCAGUUGGCGUGGGGCAAACAGGAUGCCCGACCCUGACAUGGUGCAACGACCCCCUUUUCAAGCAUUACUGAGGUUGCUAGCAGACCCCUAUUUGGAAAAAGUCGAGCUGUUAGCCUGGAAGGUUCACCUUACCGUCUUCUGUCCAUUUCACCGAAAGGCAACUUUGCCGAUGAAGACUGAGAUUAGGAUGGAAAUUAAACCGGACACCGAGUCGAUAGAUGAUCAAGGGCUCGCCAUUCUGAGGAAUGGUCCCGAUUGGGUUUCACUGGAUUGGAGAGCUAUGGUCGAGAUGUAUGGCGUUGGUCAGCAGAUCGUGAGAGUUGGAGAACGAACCUAUUGAGAUGGCAUCUAGUUGGAGUAAAUGAAUGCAAAUCUCUUCCGCGUUAAGUGAUAACAUGUUUCUAAAGUCGGUGCUCUAACCUCUUAUUGAGUUCCAACCGUGGAGUCACUAGGUAGCCAAUAGACACUGGGUCAAGUUAAAGCGGUUUGCUUGUUCAACACCGUUGAAUUACGAU